ACUUCCUACAGACACAAGUAGCUGUUUCACAUUAAAAGCUUUCCAUCGGUGAACCAGAAGGAUACUUUUAUUGUGAAGUAGCAACAGGAAAUAAAAUGUGUUUGUCACCAAGUCAGCAAAAGCUUUGUUAGCAGUGAAAUUCUUCAAUAAUAAUUCUUCUCUACAACAAGAUAUGAACAUAUUCUGUGAUAUUUUAUCAGUGGAUCAGAUUGUAUUGAGUAAUAGUAAAAGCACAAACAGCCACAAUGAGCUGUUAGAUAAAGAGCUGCAGAUGAGUCUCUGACUGUAGUUUGUACAAACCAGCACACGUCCAACAUUAAAGGAGAACAAAGACUUUAACCUGGCUGUGAAAUACUGGAGACAAUCUUUUUAUAUUUUCCAGCUCUGAUUAAAUUGUUAAAGUUGCUUAUAGCAUAUUUAAUUAAAAAGUUAUAUAUGUAUAAGCAACAAUAAAAAUUACAUUUUUCUUUCAAUAAAAAUUAAUUUCUAACAAAAUUAUGUUUUGUCUUCUUUCACACUACAUGUGUAGAUAUGUCUGCUGCCAGCUGUCUGAGAUCUGAUGAUCAGUUUCUGUGCUCCAUCUGUCUGGAUGUGUUCACUGAUCCAGUCACCACACCAUGUGGACACAACUUCUGCAAAAACUGCAUCAAUGAACACUGGAACAGGAAUGACCAGUACCUGUGUCCACUGUGUAAAAAGGUGUUCUACACAAGACCUGAGCUUCAUGUCAACACAUUGCUCAAUGAGAUGGUUUCUCAGUUCAGACAGGAAGUUCAACAGAAAGCCAGCAGCAGCAGCUCAGAGCAACAAGCUGCCAAACCAGGAGAAGUUCCCUGUGACGUCUGUACUGGAACCAAACUGAAGGCCCUGAAGUCCUGUCUGGUGUGUCUGACAUCCUACUGUGAGACUCACCUGGAGCCUCAUCUGACAGCCUUAGGUCUGAAAAGACAUCAGCUGAUGGACCCUGUGGAGAACCUGGAAGACAGGAUGUGUAUGAAGCACGAUAAACCUCUGGAGCUGUUCUGUAAGACCGACCAGACAUAUGUCUGCAUGCUCUGCUCUGUUUUAGACCACAAGACACAUGAGUUUGUUCCUCUGAAAGAAGAAUAUGAAGGAAAGAAGGCAGAGCUGGGGAAGACAGAGGCUGAAAUUCAGGAGAUGAUACAGAAGAGACGACUGAAGAUUCAAGAGAUCAAACACUCAGUUGACCUCAGUAAGGAAGCUGCAGACAGAGAGAAAGCAGAAGGUGUUCAGGUCUUCACCGCUCUGAAGGAGUCUGUUGAGAGAAGCCUGAAUGAGCUCAUUGAGACGAUUGAAGAGAAGCAAAGAACAACAGAGAAACAGGCUGAAGACUUCAUCAAAGAGCUGGAACAGGAAAUCUCUGAGCUGAAGAAGAGAAGCUCUGAGGUGGAGAAGCUCUCACACUCUGAAGACCACCUCCACCUCCUCCAAAGCUUCCCGUCCCUGAAAGCUGCUCCACCCACCAAAUACUGGACAGAGGUCAGCGUCCAUCCAUCAUAUGAGGGGACUGUGGUGAAAGCUGUGGCUCAGCUGGAGGAGACGCUCAGUAAACAGAUGAAGAAGCUGUUUGAGGCUGAGCUGAAGAGGGUCCAGCAGUAUGCAGUGGAUGUGACUCUUGAUCCUGAUACAGCACAUCCUAAACUCAUCCUGUCUGAUGAUGGGAAACAAGUUUACUGUGGUGUUGUGAAGAAGAAUCUCCCAGACAACCCAGAGAGAUUUUCUCUUAGUCCCUGUGUGUUAGGAAAGCAGAGUUUGUCUUCAGGCAGGUUUUACUUUGAGGUUCAGGUUAAAGAGAAGACUAAAUGGACUUUAGGAGUGGCCAGAGAGUCGAUCAACAGGAAGGGAAAAAUCAGACUGAGUCCUCAGGAUGGUUACUGGACUAUAUGUUUGAGAAAUGGAAAUGAGUACAUAGCUUGUAAUAACCCUUUAGUCGAUCUCUCUCUGAAGUCUCCUCCUCAGAAGGUGGGGGUGUUUGUGGAUUAUGAGGAGGGUCUGGUCUCCUUUUAUGACGUAGAUGUUGCAGCUCUUAUCUACUCCUUUACUGGCUGCUCCUUCACUGAGAAACUCUACCCAUUCUUCAGCCCCUGGCUUAAUGAUGGUGUUAAAAACUCUGCCCCUCUGAUCAUCUGUCCUGUCAAUCAAACUGUCUGA